GCCGCGUCCUUCAGGCUGCGCCGGGACGGGUCCGGUUGCGGUGCGGGGAUGGGGGCGGCGGGCGCGCCUCCGCCCUGAGCGGCACCGGCAGCGGCACGGAGCAGCAUGCGGCGGGGGCUACAGCACAGAGAGAGUUUCCACUCUGCCACCUGGGAAAUGAAGUGUUACACAGACCCCUCUCUUUGGUGUGUUUCCCCUGCUCCAUGGCAAACCCCUUGCAGAGAAGCUCCCCUGAUCUCUGUGAAUUGGUCUCUACAUCCUCACCUUCCUGUGAUGGCUUCAGUUCCUUCCUUUGGGUCAUUCUCGUGCUCAGCCUCGGUGUCUGGAGCCUUUGAAACCUCCCCAUGCCAUUAGUGAUGUCACUGUGUGGGCAGGCCAGUUUUGAGGAAGACAGCCAGAAGCAACCAGCUGUGGGACACUGGAGGACACUAAUGCCAUCCAAAGGCAGCAAGGAGGAAGCAGAGCCUGGAUGCCAGGAUGCUGGAGGUGUGGAUGAGACCCAGGCCACCGAGCAGCUCAACGUGUCGCGUCUGCGCAGCUCGUCGGUGGAGAUCCGGGAGAAGGGCUCUGAGUUCCUCAAGGAAGAGCUGCACAAAGCACAAAAGGAGCUGAAGCUGAAGGACAAAGAGUGUGAGAGGCUGUCAAAAGUCAGAGAGCAACUGGAGCAGGAGCUGGAGGAGUUAACAGCUAGCCUAUUUGAGGAAGCACACAAGAUGGUGAGAGAAGCAAACACUAAACAGGCAGCAUCAGAGAAGCAGCUGAGGGAGGCACGGGGCAAGAUCGACAUGCUGCAAGCAGAGGUCACAGCUCUGAAGACACUGGUGAUCACAUCCACACCUUCCUCUCCAAACAGGGAGCUGCACCCUCAGCUCCAGAGCCCUUCUAAAGCUGUCUUCAGGAAGGGCCAUGGGCGAAACAAGAGCACCAGCAGUGCCAUGGGCUCGGCUGCCAGCCAGAAUGUGACCCCAGAGCCAGUCAGUCGUGAGUGCAGAGAGGUCGACUCCAUUCUGUUUGCUGAGUUCCAAGCCUGGAAGGAAUCUCCAACUCUGGAUAAAUCCUGCUCCUUCCUGGACAGAAUUUAUCAGGAAGAUGUAGGACCCUGUCUGGACUUCACAAAGCAGGAGCUGUCGGAGCUGGUGCGAGUGGCUGUGGAGCAGAACACACUCACCAUGGAGCCAGUUGCUUCCCAGACCCUGCCUGUGGUGAAGGUGGCAGCAGAAGAGUGUGGUGGGCCAAGGAAAUGUGCUCUGAGUGGCCUCCCCAGGACCUGCAAGCACAGAAUCAUGCUGGGAGACUCUGGGAAUUACUACUACAUUUCACCAUCCUGCAGGGCCAGGAUCACAGCAGUGUGCAACUUCUUCACGUACAUUCGCUACAUCCAGCAGGGCUUGGUGAGGCAGGAUGUGGAGCUGAUGUACUGGGAGGUGAUGCGGCUCCGCAGGGAGAUGGCACUGGCCAAACUGGGCUUUUAUCCCAGUGACAUGUAAGCAGAGGCCUCAGCCUGGAGGGAAACUGCUCCUGUAGGAACAGCCUGCCAAACAUCCUCUGCCAAAGACAUGCAAGCAGUGCCUCUCCUGCAGUGGGCCUUCCUCCCUCCCCACCCUCCCUCUGCCUGAAGCUGAGCAAGGAGCAAGAAGCCCACGUCCUACCUUCAGCUUGUCCUGCUUCUCCAACUGUGACUGGAAUGCAGCUGCCAAGCUGCCCCCUCCCAGCUGGGCUGGCCCUGGCUGCUUUGGGGUGGCCAUCUCCCAGACUGCAAUCUCCUAGAUGCAGUGUGCAGCCAUUUCUGGUUUUUAAACAAAGCCCUACCUUUUGUUUUUAUAUGCAAUCUGCUCUGGCAUAGUCUGAGGCCAGGCCUGGGCUAGGCAGGAGAGCUGGACCUUUGCAAGCAAGUCUUUCAGGACAGAUGCUGGCUGUCUGUCUGUCCCACUUACUCUUUGGGGGUGGAGGGAUGCUGUGCCCAGCUCCUGCUGACCACUUACUCCCUGGAGAUGCCAGCAGCACACAAGAAUCUGGAGAGCCAUGAACAACCUGCUUGCUGAAUACCUCCUCUCUCCUUUUAAAGGAGGCUGCAAGAGAAGCUUGCUGAGUCACAAAGAAGGAUUUGCUUGUGGUUUGAGCUUGGCACUGGGUGGUCUGGAGGAAGGGGCUGCACCUGGGGCCUUUGAGCAGGGAAAUGGUGUCAUGCACAGCUGGGCUGCAGCCUGGGGGCUGUUUGCUCCUGCUCUAGAGAACCUGCUGGAGCUGGCACAGGCAGAUGCAGACCUUGGUGCAGAAGUCCCCUGUGAUGCUCUUCCCUAUAAACCUCACCCCCCAGGGAGCUGCAUUUGGGCUGUUCCUGCUCUCAGGGUAGCUUUGGGCAGUCCUGGCCCUGCUGUUGAGCUGGAAACCCUUGUCCCAGGCAGGGUUUUGUUGUCUCCAGGAGGGCUGUGCCCACUCUUGAGGCCCAGAGGUUUCCUUCCCAAGUAUUCCACCAGCCCCAGAGGUGCCUGUCCACUGGGAAACCCAACUGCUCCUGGGCUGCUGUCCCCAGGGAGACUGGAGACAGCUUUGUGUGUUCUUCUGGUUCCUGGGUGCCUUAAACUGUGUGGGGAUGCUGCUAAAGCUGUUGGAUAACAGAGACCUGCUGCAGGCUGAGCUCAGGCCCAGCCUUGUGUGUGCAGAGCUGUAUUAAAGCCAUGGCAGUGCUUUUGCUCUCAGUGACUGUGCUACUGGCUCAGCCACCACCCACCCUGGAGGUUUCAUCUCUUGGCUGGCAUCUUGGCACCCUGCCUCUGCCAUCAUCACAGCUCCCAGCUGAGCAAGCUGGUGCCCACAGCCAGGUCACCAUCCAUCCUCAGCUCCAUUGUUCCAUCCUCUCCUGGGAGAUGCUGCAGCAGGAACUCUGUGUCUUCAGUGGAAGGAAAUCAUCUGAGCUGCUUGGGGUGGUUUUUUUUUAUCCAGAGGAGGGAGGAACAGAUGGAGAGAGCAAAAGUUGUUGGUUUGCAAGCUAAUAAGAGGAGAGAUUCCCAGCAGCUCUGAGAACUGCUCCACGAGCACAAGCUUUCCUGUGCCUGAGCACACUCUGAGGCUGCUGCUGAGCUGCUCCUCAAGGGCCAGCCUGGCACAUGGGAUUGUUUGCCAGGGCUUAGUAGCUCUCUGAAACAUGAGUUGGCAUCCCCAGAGCUGGGAGAGCACGUUCCUGACCAUACCUAAGAGCUCUGAAUCCAGCUCAGAAAGGGCUGAGCUGCAAGUCCAAGCUGUCAACGCCCCAGCUCUGCUUUUGCUUCCCACAACCCUGUGCUCCAGCUUGUGAGGGCUGACUUUUGCUCCAUCAGUGUGUACAGCUGCUGCUCUUCACCACAGGAACGUGUUGCAGAUGUGGAGUAGAAGCCUGGGAAGCACACCCUUGGGUAAGAGUCUGGCUGGCUCUGGAGCUAGUGAUGAGGCUGCAUCUCUUUUGGGGGGUGUCUGCAGGUUUGGGGCAGUUUGCCAUCUGUUUUUCAAGAGGAGGGGAUCUAUCUUUUCCCAACUGCAGUCUGCAGCUCAGAUCUACUCUGUGCCUGGCCAUUUCUCCUUGUGUCUGUUCCCCCUUGAGCUUUUGAUCUCUACAUGUCACCCUGUGCCAUUAUCUGCCACGUUGCACAAGAGCCAGGGCUGUGCUGCAGCACUGGGAAGGAGAUGAUCUCUCUAUGAAGGAGACACCUGGGCUUGUGUUUUGUGGGUUUUUCCCUCCAGUGGCAUUUGGCAAAGCACUUUUGAGAUGAAAGGAAGGAAAGAAAUGCUUUGUCCAAGGUUGUCUUCCAUUUAAACCAGGGCAGAACAAUGUGUUAAUGAAGUCACUCCAUUAGCAGUGGGAUGGGGAAAUAAACAUUUGCUGUUAACCUCUCCAAA